AAAUCUAUAUGGGUUGCAUGCUAACUCUUUUUAAAUCUAUAAAUAGGAGCUCUUAGCAUGUUGAUUCAUAUGCACUUCAGCAUAUAUAUAUAUAUCUACCUAACCUAAUCAAGAAACCCUAAAGAUGAGUACUAAUUCGGGUGAUGAUACUGCUAGCCUAAUUCAAGCUCAAGAACACAUAUGGAAUCACAUAUUCAACUUCAUAAACUCAAUGUCUCUUAAAUCUGCUGUUCAACUCGGAAUCCCCGACGCGAUCCACAACUAUGGCAAACCAAUCUCUCUUUCUCACCUCAUUUCCGCCUUACAAAUCCAUCCGACUAAAUCCCAUUGUCUCGCUCGGCUAAUGCGCAUUUUGAUCCAUUCCGGGUUUUUCGCUAAUGAAAAACUCAACGAAUUGGAUCGUGUCAAUGACGACGACGAAGAAGAAGAAGAAGAAGAAGGUUAUGUUUUGACGAAUGCGUCUAAGCUACUUCUUAAGGAUAACCCGUUGAGUGUGAGACCGCUCUUGCUAUCCAUGCUUGACCCAAUUUUAACAGAGCCGUGGCAUUUUAUGAGUACUUGGUUUCGAAAUGAUGAUGCUUCUCCGUUUGCUACUUGUCAUGGAAAGAAAAUUUGGGAGUACGGUGGCCAUGAACCAAACUUUGGGAAUUUGUUUAAUGAAGCUAUGGCUAGUGAUGCUAGGUUGAUGAGUAGGGUUCUGAUUAAUCAACACAAAGAAAUAUUUGAAGGAUUGAAGUCAUUAGUUGAUGUUGGAGGUGGAACUGGAACUUUGGCUACCUCCAUGGCUAAAACAUUUCCUCACAUAGAUUGCAUUGUGUUUGAUCUUCCUCAUGUUGUUGCUGGUUUGCAAGACUUUGAGAACUUGAAAUAUGUUGGGGGUGACAUGUUUCAUGCAAUUCCUCAAGCUGAUGCUGUUUUAAUGAAGUGGAUUAUGCACGAUUGGAAUGAUGAAGAUUGUGUGAAAAUACUUGAGCAAUGUAAAGAAGCAAUUAAGGGUAAAGAAGGAGGAAAAUUAAUAAUCAUAGAUAUGAUUAUGGAAAAUCAAACUACAUGGACUAACAAAGAGACUAUUGAAACACAGCUCUUCUUUGAUAUGGCUACAAUGGUUCUGUAUUCUAGUCAAGAAAGAAAUGAAAAAGAAUGGGCUAAUUUAUUUAUUAAUGCUGGUUUUAGUGACUAUAAGAUUAUUCCUACAUUGGGUUUAAGAUCUAUUAUUGAAGUUUAUCCUUAAUUAAUUACUAUUUAUGGAGUUCAUAAUAAAGGUCGAUUGUAUUUUAUGGUUGUAAUGUUAUUUUUAUGGUUGUGAUGGUGUUUUAAUUUGUAAUUACUGCAUGUAUCAUUAUAAUAAAAUUGGUAAUUUUAAUCAAUAA